AUGACAAGCACCAUGGCAAAGCCAGAAGCCGAGACAGAAACCCCUGCUCUUGAAAAGGGCCGAGAGACAAACGAGGAGUGUGCACCUGAGAAAGAGAGCGGACCACGUUCUCGGAAGGCUGUCAGAAUCCACAACCAAAGUGCGGAAAAAACGCUGAGAACAACCGGCGACAACGCUCCCGAAAGCACUCCGCAAAGCACUCCGCACGCCUCUUCUCACCCUGCUUCCUCUGCUUUGCCCGCGGCCCUUCCACCUUCUCGCCCGUUCCUUUCUGCCUCAGUUUCCUCUCCUUCUCCGUCAGCGUCUCAGGCUUUCUCUCACUCUCAGGCAUCUGUGGGGUCUCUGGCUCGGUGCCCAGGCCCGUCCCACCAAUCCGGAGCUAGUGCGUCUCCUUCUUGUCUGCCUUCCGCGACGAGUCUCGCACCUGGUCCCACUGAGGCUUGCGCCUCUUCCGAGCAGUCCUCGCCUUUUCUCGCCUUGCAUCUUGCCUCCUCGGAGAGCUCAACCGUGGUGUCGCCAUCCAACACCUUGGCCGCGAUUGCCACGUCGGCGCCCAAAGUGUCUCCGCUCGCGCCGCCGCCCCACAGAACGGCAUCCUCUGCUUCGGCUUCACCCCCUGCGAAGCCGGGGACGUCGCCGCCCUUCCGGUCAAGCCCGGAGUCUCUCCAAGGGAACGAAAGUGACGCGUUCCCGCCGCUCGACCUCUCGCCCCGCUCCUCGCCCUCGUCGUCUUCUGCGCCUCAGCACACAAGGGACAAAAGGCGCCAAAUGCACACACGAGCGGAGCACCCAGCGCCCGCUCCGGGAGACAACCGCUCGCUCUCCUCGUGUACCUCACCUUCUUCCCAUCCGCGUCCUUCGCCGCCUCUCCCCGUUGACGAGGCGACUCGCCCGCCGACGGCUGCAGGCGCAAAACGCGCGGUCUGCCAGGCGUCUCCUGAGGACCCUAAAGGGGCGAAGCGCGUGACGGAGGGGUCUGGUGCGAAGGCCCGGGCUCCAAAGCCUCCCCGGCCUCCGCGUUUGGGGCUCCAGCCCCCUGCCUCGGCGCCUCUGCCAACUCUCCUCGCGUCCCAACUCUCGGCCGCAUCCGGUCCUUCUCUCCAGAAGUCUUUGCUUUGCAGCCCUGUGGCGGAGGCCGCCUCACCGCCUGCAAAUACCAGGAAAUCGGAGGAGGCAGGAGGCAGUCCUUCGGCUUUUCCUCAGACCGCCAGCCUGCUCGAGAUGUCAGCAGACCGUUUGGCGCGCACAAGUCCCGAACAGAGAACAGGAAAACCGGGGGAGAACGAAGACAAGACGGUCGAUGACACGAAGCAGCAGUUUCUUCGCCAGCUCCGAGAGCACAUCCUGGGCGCCGCCGCCGCUGCCCGACACUCCUCGGGUCUCCCUGCGGCGGUCGCGUCCUCGUCUUCGUCGCAGGCCGGCUCCGCAGUGGAAGGCGCACUUGAGCGCCUCGCCCAGGCUGUGGAGAGUCUCUUUGCGUGUGGCGGAGCCUCUUCAGAGACAGGGAAGGGGGGAGAAGAAAGGUCUUCGCUCGGAGACAAAGGGACGCGUGGGCAUGCCGGAGACGACGUCUCGCCUUCGCUCCACGUGCCUCGCUUCUUGCCCGUAGCCCACCUGCUUCAGCAGCUCUUACGAAGUCGGCUCGAGUCCCCUGGGCCCGCCGCCCGCCAGGUCCCAGCGCUGUCGCGUCCAAUCAGGCUCCUGCCUCAACCAAAGGCGCCGGCGUCUGCUGUCGAGCCCCACGCACCGCCUCUUCGUCAGGGGGCAGACGGUGCCCGUGCGAGCGCGAUCCCGGAAGGAGAACGAAAGAGCGGUUUGCAUGCGCCGUCCUCGUCUCUCCUCCAGGCCUCCUCCGAAACCGCGGAAGGCGGGACGGGAAGCGAGGGGGAGGCUGGGGUUCCCGGAGUCUCCCCAGGCGUCACCGCCGGAACCGCAAGAACCUCCGAAAGAACCUUGUCGGAGACAACGCCGGGGGGAGAGCCUCACACCCGUCCGCAGCCUCCGGCUCGACAUGGCGUCCCUCCAGCUCAAGUCGGCCGUGCUGGCGGUCGCGCAAACGUGAACAGGGCCCUCUCGGCACGUGGCGAGACGGGGACACUUGGCCCGAGUCUCGGCAAUCCUCCUACGGCUCUGGGGCACUCGCCGUCGGCGAUUCAGCCGACCGAGGUCAGCAGUCUCGGAAGAGACACCAGCACCCCCCAUUCAAAUCACUGCGAGCACAGUGUGGCUGCGGCCCCUGCUCUUGGCCCUACGGGAGUCGCCGCCUCUAAGGAGACACCUCCGGAGAGCGACCCGAAGGCCCAUUCUGCUCAGGCGCCUGUGACGACGCCAAGCAGCGCCGGAGCGUCGGGGCUGGUGCAUUCGCCCCUUCGCCCUGUGUGCACCGCCGCGGGUCACGGCGCCAAAGGCGCCGCCUUUGCUGGGGCGCACGCAGGCCGGAAAGGCGACGCCAUUCGAGGUGGGAAGAAAGACUUUGCAGGAGGCGAGGAAGGAGACAAGAACCCAAAGGGACGGGGGUGCUGCAGGAAGGGGACUCGAGAGGAGGGGGAAGGCGACAAACGGAGCGGCAGAGCCGUAGGCAGGGACAGCGAAGGAGAGGCCUCAGCGCGGGAGAGGGCUGGGCAAGGCAGCGGCGGCUCUACGGGCGACUCGCAGCCACGCAGUUGCGGCCUCGGCGAACCGAGGCCGCGCGCAGGCACCACGGAAGGGAAGAAGGCGCCUCGUGCGUCUUCAAGGCACGCGGCUGGAUCGGGGCCCCCAGCGUCUUCGGCCCGACCUCGUGUGCCUUCGAAGCCCCACCCUAAGAGAGAACCGCCGCACUCACACGCCGCGGCUCCGAACAGUUCGAGUGUGCCGGCGAGCGAAGCGGCCCUUCCUGAAGACGGGGCGGCGACGCCUGGGAAAGGCUGUGAGGUGUCUCCGCAUGCGUUCCCCUGCUGCCGCAGGAGACUCUUUUGCAUGCAUGACCUCUUUGGGCUCUUUGCGGGAGCGGGCGGGACAGGUGCCCCCAGUGGCGAGAAGCCGCUAGGAGACACGCGCCUCCUUCCGUCACACAUGGACGCGCCGGCGGGCGCCUCUCUCGCGCAGGCAGCGAGUGCCUCGAGUGCGCUGCUUCAGGCUUGGAGUUGCCUCGCCUCCUCGGCGGAGAGAAUGGAGGGGCGAGAACGCGAAGCUGUGCCGGGGCAUCGCAGCGACGAGGCAGGCGCGAAUCGCGUUAGGGACCAGGACACGGCCGGCGGCCAGAGGCCUCCCACCACGCAUCUCCGGCCGGUUAGCUUCAUCUCGCUGAAUGCAGGAAAACAGGAAGAACUGUGGCGACCGAAGCUCGUUGACUUGUUGCAUGCAGGCCAGAGUGACCAAGGAGAGACAGCGAGACAGGCUGUCGCCGGUCUCUCCGGUCUGAGUCGCGAGACGAAGAAGCGCCGAGUCGGGGAACAUGGAGCCGAAGUGGACAGGGGAGACGGCGAGGAGCUAGACUUAGACACGAGAUGCGAAUCCGACAGCGAUGACUGGGAAGACGACUUUUCAGCCGCUUGGCUCGAUUCGGACGAAGAAAUGGAGCCUCCUCUCGAGCAACUUCGUGCAGACAUUUGUAAUGCCUUACGAACCUUCUUUUAUUUCCUCCACGAAGCUGUCGAGGGGCUGCGCCCGGAGCUGCUGCAAGCGUACCGAGAUCAUUUCGCCUUUCUCAGCUCGGCGACCAGAGUCGCGCACCUUCGGAACUACGAGGCGAUUCUCAGUCGUCUCAAGAGACGCAGUCCUUGCAAGUGGAGCCGACUAAGCAUUCAAAUGACAUUCGCUGAGCUGGAGGCGAUGCGCGAACUCCACACCCACCGGCAGUCCACGUGCAAAGCCCUCUUAGGUCACGUCGCGCUGUCGACGCUGUUCUCUCCACUUUCUCCUUCUACCCUUCCCAGCGACAGAGCGAACUGCGUAGAGGCCUGCUUCCCUUUCUCGUGCUUCGUUCCGUCGCUCGGGCCCCAGCCUUCUUCGUGCACUUCCCCCGUCUCUCCAUUUGUUCCUUGCGCCUCCGCCGCGUCGAGUGCUGAGCUUCCUUCGAACGGAGCAGCGGGCGGUCACUGCCUCACUGCUUCUGCAGAGUGCGUGCUCUCCCCACCCUCUUCAUCGCGGCCUGUCUUCGCCUGCUCGUCUGCCUCCUCGUUGCCUGGAGAGGCAGACACUCUGCAGAAAAGCAAGAGACAAAGCAGUGUAGUGGCGCUGAAGAGCCUCGCCGCGUCUCUGAACGCCGCAGCCGCCUGCGUCUCCGUCCCGGGCGCUAGCGAGUCCGAAACGGAGGGAUCCCGGCCGCCUCUCACAGCGGCACAGGCGACAGAGAAGGUGAAGAAAGAACUUCCCGCGAACACGACGGGUCCCAGCCCCGUCCCCGUCUCCCAGGCGGAGUCUACGGGCCCCGUCGGCCAGGGCUCCUUGUCUCCAGAGGCCUCGUCCGUCUGUUUAGAAACAGCCGGUCUUCAGGGCGAAGGACAGAAAGAGGGCGCUGCGCCGAGCCUGGAAAACCUUGCACCCUCUCUGCCCCAGAACUCAGGAGACGUGCGCUGA